CCUAAAAAUAAGUGAAUUUUGUUUUUUUUUAAGGUUUAACAAAGUGUAACUAGUUGUAGCCUAUUCCCACCUUGAACCCUUGUUUCCAUUCUUCCAAUUGCAACUCAACCAUGUCGGGUCACGAACCCUCUCCUUCUCCAAAGAUUCUUCUCGCAAAGCCAGGACUCGUCACCGGAACUCCAUCCGCCGGUAAAUUCGGCCGUGCCUCCACCGCCGAUGAAGAUUCCACGCACCUCCGUUCUCGUCUUCCUUCCGUCGCAUCCCUCAACCUUCUCUCCGAUUCAUGGGAUUUCCACUUUGAUCGCUUUCUCCCCUUUUUGACUGAGAAUACUGAUUUCACUGUGAUUGGAGUUAUUGGAUCUCCCAGUGUUGGCAAGUCUACUAUUAUGAAUCAACUUUAUGGUUUUGAUCCAAGUUCUCCUGGGAUGUUACCUCCUUUUACCAUACAAUCUGAAGAGACUAGAGCUAUGGCAAGACAUUGUUCUAUUGGUAUUGAACCGAGGAUAUCUUCUGAACGCAUUAUUCUUCUUGAUACCCAGCCUGUAUUUAGUGCUUCUGUUUUAACUGAUAUGAUGAGACCGGACGGUUCGUCGACAAUUUCCGUGCUGAGUAGAGAAUCCUUGUCGGCUGAAUUGGCUCAUGAACUUAUGGGUAUUCAGCUUGCUGUUUUUCUAUCAUCCAUAUGUCAUAUUCUGCUGGUGGUAUCCGAGGGAGUUGAUGACGAUAGCUUGUGGCAUUUGAUGUCGACGGUUGACUUGUUGAAGCAUGGCAUUUCAGACCCAUCCUUGCUGGCUUCAUCCCUUUCGCAGAGCUCUAACUCAGGGCAUGAUAGCGAUAACAAAGUUUCUGAAUGUGAAUACAUGGCUACUCCUGUUUUUGUACAUACCAAGUUACAAGAUCAAGAGUUGACUCCUAGAAAUAGUUUGCAGCUGAAGAAGGCACUCAUGCAGUAUCUCAAGCCAACCUCUUUUGUUAAAGAAAAUGCUAGAAACAAAUCCAAAGAGCAUCUUUCAUCUUCUAUGGUUCAAGGCAGUCGCUCUGAUUCUGACACACUAAGUUUGUUUACAAUCCCAUUUAAGAAAAAAGAGGAAAAUCCACGAGCUCAGAACGAGAGUUACAUUUCUGCACUAUGGAAAUUAAGGGAUCAGAUUUUAUCCAUGAAGUCGCCAUCAUUCAGGAGACCUGUGUCUGAGCGUGAAUGGUUGAAAAAUUCAGCCAAGAUUUGGGAACAGGUUAAAAACUCCCCAACGAUAUUUGAGUACUACAAAACCCUUCAACAUUCUGGUAUGUACAGGAUUUAGAAAUUUAUUGAAGGUAGAACUAUUCAAGAUAGUGUCAAAUUUUGUUUCAAGAUGUAUCUUAUUUUGAUGCAUAAUUAUCACAUUCUGGUAUUUAUUUUGCAUUUAUGGCACCAAUUUUGUAGCUGGUGUGUACAAUUUCAGUAAACUAUAGCAAUGAUAAUUUUAUUGUUUUGCUCAUUAA